GUAUAAAUAGGAGUUGGUUUGAGGACACUGCUAAAUUUUGUUAUUACUCAUUGUGAAGCUGCAAUUCGUGUCUCGUUUUCUCUUUCACCAGACGUUCAACAACUCAAAAGCAUCAUGAACACUUUCAAGAUGUCGAUCAUUCUCAUCGUGUCUCUCUGUCUCUUGAUGAGCAUAGGCCAAUCUGAAGCACAGUCGUCCUCAGAUGAGUCUGACAGCGCGUCCUCUUUAGCAGAGUCUGACAGCGCGUCCUCAUCAGCAGAGUCUGACAGCGCGUCCUCAUCAGCAGAGUCUGCUUCCUCAGCAGAAUCUGCAGACAGCUCAGGCUCGGCAGCUCGCAGGAAGCGAUCUGAAUCAGACUUGGCAGGUCGCUAGAAGCGAUCUAGUUCAGAGGAGGAGUCUGAUGGCGCUCCCUCAGCAGAAUCUGCUUCUUCCAAUGAGAGUAGAUAGACCAAGUCCGGCCACGGACGUUCUCUGGCGACGUUUAAGCGAUGAUUUAUGAUUCAAAUUCAACAGAUUAAAAAUAGAUGUUAACAACUCUUUGUUGGUCACUCUCAUAAUAUCCAUGUUCUAUACUUUAAAUCUGGACGUUCCUCUUUCGUUCCCUAGAUUAAUUUUACUAUUUCAAGUGAGAAAAACACAUAUAUGUCAUAAAGGAGUUGGUCUUGUAAUCAAUUAAGGCUGGAAAUGGGUCAUUAUGCAAGGCUUUUGUAUGUAGUUCAGAUCAUAUUUUUUUCCCAAUUAGCACUCGAGGCAAACAUGUGAGUGUGGCACUGGGUGAAUUUUAUGGGGGCAGCUUAAGAGUUAAUCAGCGCUCCUGGCAGGUGAAAUAUUAUUCAAAACGAUUAUUUACAUAAUUCUAUUUAUAUGUAGACAGAUAUCACCAAUAAUUUCAUUGUAAAAUUAUUUUAUUAUUCAAAUUAAACAAUUAAAAGGCAGUGCCUUUUUUACAUGCUAACAAUUAAUCUUUCUUACACAAAUGAUUACAGUGCAGAAUCUUGUGUGUGUUUUUCAUUCUUGAUAGAUUUCUCUUUAAAUAUAAUCUAAAUGUAGAUAUUACACGAUCGACUGCAUUCCGAAUCAAAUCAUAUUCGGUUUAAGUGUUUUAUUUUUCUUAUGUAAGCACAGACAUUUGAAAUUAAUAGUGUUUCAGAAUGUUUUCUGCUUUACCUCUUCUUUCCCCUUUUUACUUUUUAAAAAAAUACUUUUUUUUAAAUUUUAAAUUCCCUUCUUUAUAAUGUAAUCGUCAUUAUUAUAAUUAUUAUUUCCACCAUUGAUCUGUUUUAAUGUUUUCUGCAUCUAGAAUACAAAACAAAUUUGUGAAUCAUAAUCUUGAUUAAAUCGAAGCUCAAAACCA